AACUUAGAGGCGUAAGUUGAAAUUUUUUUAUACGCGAGUUACUUGUUAAGAAAAUUUGACAAAAAUAAAAUUUCAUUUGAAUUUUCUACGACAUUUUUUUUCUUAAAUAUAAUAAAAUCCAAAAUAACUAUUUAAUAAAAAGCUAAAUAAAUGAAAAGAAAGUAUACCGAAAGAUAAUUUUUAUCUUUAUUAAAUAAAAUAUAAUAAAAUUUAAUAAAUAAAAAACACCUUUGCCUGCUUUAUAAUAAUAAAUUUGCAUGAUAUAAGAAUAUAGAGGAGCACUGUGCUUUUAUUGCUGAGAAUAUAUAAGAAAAAAUAAAAAUAUAAUAAAACAACAAAAACAAAUAAAUUUUUUACUGUUCAAAAAAGCUUAAAUUAAAAUACAGAGAAAUUCUUUAUAAAAUUUCUAAAAUAGAGAGGAAAAAUAUCGAAGGAGAGAAAAGAAAAGGAGAUCAAAAACAAAAUAUAAGCAAGCUGAGAGAAUAUAAUAUUCACUGUUGUACAACAAAAAAAAAACAUUUUGUUUUUUUUUUUAUUAUUAUUAUUAUUUUGGGAGUAAGAGAAGUUAAGAAAAAAGCUCAAUUACAAUGUUCGCAGUAAUGAGAAUUGAUAAUGAUGACUGCAGGUCAGAUUUUCGUCGCAAAAUGCGACCAAAAUGUGAAUUCAUUUGUAAAUUUUGUCAACGUAGAUUUACAAAACCAUACAAUUUAAUGAUACAUGAGAGAACUCAUAAAAGUCCUGAAAUAACAUAUUCAUGUGAAAUUUGUGGAAAAUAUUUUAAACGUCAGGAUAAUUAUCGUCAACAUAGAUGUAGUCAGUGUGUUUGGCGGUAAGCACACGCAAAUUAAUUAACAUAUAAAAUUAUGCCAUAAAUAAAAAAAAAAAAACAAAGUUUUUUUUUUCAUAUUAAUUUUUUUUUUUGAUUAAUAAUAAAUUUAUAAGCAAUGGAAUUUAAUUUUAUUAAUAAAAUAUUUAAAAAUAUUGGAAAUUGAAUAAAGAAAGAAUUUAAAAAUGAAAAUAUUAAGAAUUUUUUAUAAAUUAAUUAAUGGAAUACACAAAUUGAAUAUGCAAAAAAAUUUAAAAUGUAAAAAAAAUUUAAAAAAUAGUUUCAGUAUAAACUCACCAAUACAAAACGAAUGAGCGUAAUUAUGAAAAAUAGAAUUGUAAAAAAAAUAUAAAGUAAAAUUAAUAAAAACAAUUUUGUAUACAAUACCCAAAUAAUUAUAAAAAACAAAUAUUAUUUAAUAAUGAAAUAUAAAAAAAAAAAUUAAUUUUAAAUUAAAAAUAAAAAAAUAUUCAAUAAAAUUUUGUAAUGAUCUCUAUCUGUGGUGAAGGUGGGGUAUCAAAUUCUAUAAUUAAUUAUGAUUUUGAUCUGACUUAUAAUUUUAUUAAUUUUUUUUUAUUUUAUUUAUAUAUAAAUAAUAUAAAAUACCUAUACAUACAUAUAUAUUUUGGUCAUAAUUUAGUUGUAUUUGUCAUUUUAUAUAAAUAAAAAUUCCUUCUAAUUAUUAUUAUUAUAAUAUUUUAAUUAUUAUUUUGGGA